UCUGGCGUGCGGCACAUGGUGCCGCGGCUCUGGCAGGUGGCUGCUGUUCCUGCCCAGCAAGUUUUCGGCGUGGCCGCCCGGUCUCCUCGAGGCUCCCCCUCCCUGGUCGGCAGCCAGCGGCAGAUACCUGAUACUCGGGUUGUGCAAGCGGGAGGGGGGAGCCUGGCCCUGCGGCCCUGGGAGCCACCCGGAAGGCCGAGCCCUCCCGCCCGCGCCCCACCUGGAGAGGAGCUAAAAGGCCGGCCGGGGCCCCACGGCGCAGCGCCGGCUCGCACCAUGCCCACGGCCCGCAGCGUGCUCGUCCUGGCGGGGCUCCUGGCUCUCUGGGCAGAGCCGCCUCCAGCAUCCGCCCAGAAUGUCACCACGAAAGCCGGCGUGUGCCCGGACCCGGCGAUGGAAGCAGUGAACUGCACGGUCGGGUGCCAGUCCGAUGGCGACUGCGAGAGCACCCUCAAGUGCUGCCCGGCGGCCUGCGGCAAGGCCUGCCAGAAGCCAGAUGAGAAGCCCGGCACCUGCCCGCCUGUCAGUCCAGGGAUCCCCAUGCUGGGCGUCUGCACGAACCAGUGCAAGACGGACUCCAACUGUCACGGGACCCAGAAGUGCUGCAGGAAUGGCUGCGGCAAGGUCUCCUGCGUGACACCCCUCCCCUGAGGCACCCCCGCCUCCUGCCAGCCUGGCCACAGGGAAGCUGCUGCCUGACACGAGUCCUGCAAAUCCAGGCCCCAGCCCCGCACCGUCCACCCCAGCCCAGAGCCUUCAGCCUCAGCUUCCUCCCCAGGGCCCCCUCCUUGGGGUUCGCCACAGCCCCCUGCACUCUCACCAAUAAAGCAGCCUCUCCCUGCCA